AUGGUGAGAACCCCAUCUUGUGACAAAAGUGGACUGAGGAAAGGUACUUGGACUCCGGAGGAAGAUAGGAAAUUAUUUGCCUAUGUCACUAGAUAUGGUUCCUGGAAUUGGCGCCAACUUCCCAGAUUUGCAGGCCUGGCAAGGUGUGGGAAAAGUUGUAGAUUGAGAUGGAUGAAUUAUCUGAGGCCUAACCUCAAAAGAGGGAACUUCACUCCGCAAGAAGAAGAAUGCAUAAUCAGAAUGCACCAAAAACUUGGUAACAGAUGGUCUGCUAUUGCGGCUGAGUUACCGGGAAGAACAGAUAACGAAAUAAAAAACCAUUGGCACACCACCCUCAAGAAAAGGUCUGAACAAAACACACAUACAAAUGAAGAAGUUAGAGCCUCCAAAUCAAAGAAUAAAGAAUCCAGGCAAGGGAGGGACUCGGUUCCCAACAAAAAUGGUGUUACUGUUACUCUUCCAUCCACCUCCCAGACUUCUGAUAAUUCAUCAGCUUCAGUCUCACCAGUUUCAUCCUCCUGCAGCGUGUUCUCCUCCACAACUUCAGAUCAUUGCAGUGCUGCCAGCAUGGACAAUUUGGUCUUUGAAGAUGACUUUGGUUUUCUGGAUUCAAACAUAGAGCCUAUGAAUGAAAGUUUCUGGACAGAGCUAAAUUUGGAUGACAUCUCCUACAGUGCAGCAAGUGAAAUAGUGUCAGGUGACACCAGUGGCGCAAUUCAAAGUACAGAUGCUAGCGUCCAUGAAUCUUGUGCAAUGUCUCCACACGGGUCAACCAGUGACAAUGACUUUGGCGGCUUUCACGAUGCAUAUGCAGAGGCAACACUUGAUAACUUUUGGCCACAGGCAUAUGUGGCUGACAUGUCCCAUGUUCCAAGCGAACUUCUUGUCUCUACCGUGGUGGAAUCUGAAUAUUUUACUCCAAUCUACGAUGAUCUGUGGGGGCAAAGCCACUUCUAUUAG